AUACGAGCUCUGUACAGCUUUGAUCGUACAGUGCUGCAUGUGACAGCCUUUGAAUCCUCUGCUCUGUUUGCUACUCGAGAUUUCUAAGCAGAAUUGCUAGUUUAUUCAAAACUAAACUGCCCUGUUGGAUGUUCUUGUUUAACAAGAUCAGAAAUCAGUAUGCAAAAAUCAGCGACGGAUCUCCUGGCACUUCCUGUGCGCGCAACAUCUUAUCAGAGUCUGAAGGAAGUGACGAGGAAGAACCUGAUCUUCUCUACUCGGAACUCAAAUGUACUGACGAAGAAUUUGACGAAGAAACAUAUGAAGCUUUGUUAAUGAAACCAAAGCGGUUAGAAUGGAUGCUUUCGGAAUUGCGCGGUUUUGAGAAUCCAGAUAUCAAGCUGGAGCAGUAUGGGACCUCACCAGAACUGGCAGUAGCAAUUACCGAUUGCAUAGAUCGGCUUGUAGGAUUGGAUGGGAAAUUUGUUGGUGAUCUCGGAUGUGGAUAUGGAAUGCUGAUGUCAGCAGUGGCUCUUGCUUAUGAACCAGCAGCUGUUAUAGGUUUUGACAUUGAUAAGCACGCUAUUUCGACAUGCAAGGAUAACUUGGAAGAUUUGGAAAUUGAUGGCAGAUGUGACUUGGUAAGAGCGGACGUACUUGAAUUACCAACGAGUUUUCGAAGUGACUUCGAUGUCAUUUUGAUGAAUCCACCAUUUGGAACGAAAAAUAAUUCAGGUAUUGAUUUGUGUUUCGUAAAAGCUGGCUUGGAGAUGGUACGUAUCAAUGGUAGCGUGUUUUCUUUACACAAAACGUCUACGAGGGAGUACAUCUUCAAAACGGUGAAUAAAUGGGACGAUACAGAAGCAGAAUGUGUUGCCCAGUUGCGGUUAGAGCUCCCCGCUACGUACAAGUUCCAUAAAAAGAAAACAGUGGAUAUCAAAGUUGACUUGAUACACUAUAGAAGAGUAUAA